AUGGAGCGCUCCACAGGCUCGAAAUGGAAGAAAAUCUACGACGAAGACGGCGGCUCGCCUCCUAUCGACGACGACAAAGCGCAGCAGAACGACGAGCAGCCGCUCGUGAGCCGUGACGAUGACCCUGCAGGGUAUGCAGGUCCACCUCUUCUGAUGCAAAAGCCUGUGGCUGCCUGGGCAGUAGGAGGACUUAUGGCCUUGUUCCUUCUCGUAGUGGUGCUGGUGGUACGUGGCAACACACUGCAACCCGCACGAGGUAUGCAGGAAACAGCUCAAGCAGCAGAGUGGGUGGACAUGCUGCCUAGUGACGUAGUGGCUCAUAUGGAUCGAGAGGUGGACCCUUGUGACGAUUUCUAUGAGUUUAGUUGCGGAGGUUGGCAAAAGACGGUGGAGAUCCCAGACGACAAGCCGAGUGUGUUUCUAUCGUUCACGAAGGUGCACGAUGACAACCAAAAGGCACUGAAAGCGGUAAUGCAACAAGGAUGGCCGCUAGUGGGGGAACUGUACGAUUCUUGUAUGAAUUUUAGCAAUACAAGCAGCACGACAGCAGACGAGGCGUCGUUGAAGGUAUUGGCGCCGGUUUUACAGCAGAUUGCAGCGACAAAAACCAAGAAAAAAUUGUUCCAAUUGGCAGGCGAAUUAUCCAAAGCAGGACCCGAUUUUUUGACUGGAUUGGGGGUCUCUGCAGAUGCCAGAGAGGCCACAAGAUACGCGCUGUAUGCGUCCCAGACUGGCCUGUCGUUGCCAGAUCCAGCGUAUUAUCUAGACAAGAAGCAGUUCGACUCCAUCAGCGACGCCUUCCAUGCGUACGUAGUGGAGUUAUUCCUCCUUGGGGGGUGGGAGUCGCGUGCUGCAGCGGCUCGAGCUGCUUCAGUCAUUGGGUUUGAACAAUCGUUAGCGCCACUGUUCGUGCCCAAAGAGAAACUGCAGGACCCCGUCGCAUCCUACAACCGCAUGAGUGUGGCAGACGCUGCUGACAAGUAUCCACUCACCUUCGCCGAGUUUGUGAACGGUACGGGACUGCUGUCGAGUCUUAAAGCCACAGAUGUGAUCGUGGAGACCCCGGCGUUCUUCGAGCGUGUCGAGCAACUGGUAACGGGCGACUCUGUGACGCUAGACACGUUGAAAGCUGUGCUGACAUACCAGUACAUCAGUGCGUAUGCGGCAGUCCUGAGCGAACCUUUCGUCCAAGCGAGCUUCUCGUUCUUCGCCAGGACGUUGCGUGGCCAGAAGACACGAGCUCCAAGGUGGAAAGUGUGUCUCCAGCGCGUAACAGACAACUUUCCCGACCUAGUAGGCAAAUACUUUGCUCUCUUACGCUUCGACGAAGCAAGUGAACAACUGGCCAGUCAACUGGUGACGCAGGUACAGUCAUCACUACAGAAGAAUCUAGGACGCGUCGAGUGGCUGGAUGGAGCUACGCGAGAGGCGGCGCUGCAGAAACUGGGGGAUAUGACGAACCUGAUUGGCCAUUCCACUCGUCAGGAGCAUUUCCCGUACGAGUUACGCGGCGACGCACCGCUGGCUCAGAACAUGCGCGUCAUAUUACAGCACGAGUUUGAGCGUACUGUGGCCAAGAUCGGAGGUGCAGUCGACCGCAACAAGUGGGCGAUGACCAGUGCAGCGGUGAACGCGUACUACCAGCCAACAGCCAACCAGAUCGUGUUCCCUGCUGGCAUUCUACAGCCUCCGUUCUUUGCUCGUGGCCGUCACCCUGCACGUAACUUUGGAGCUAUCGGAAGUAUCAUUGGCCACGAACUGACGCACGGGUUCGAUGCCUCGGGACGGAAUUACGCCGGGGACGGCAACCUGCUUGACUGGUGGAGUAACGACACCGCUCGCGAGUUCUCGGAGCGCACAGAUUGUCUUGUGAAGCAGUACAACAGCUUCAAGGUCGCUGGUACGGCCUCGAGCAACGUCUUGGGCCACGUCAACGGGAACUACACGUUGAGUGAGAAUAUCGCCGACAAUGGAGGAGUCAAGUUGUCCUUUGCAGCAUAUCACGAGUUCAUUGCCGAACAAGCGCAACAGCUGAGCAAGAUGAGCGAAGCUGACAGGGAAGAGCGCACUGCGACUAUGAGUCAAGCGGAGCGCAACUUGCCUGCUAGUGCAGCGGAUAAACUCUUCUUCGUCUCCUUCGCCCAGGCUUUCUGUGCCAAGGCCAGUGACGCCAGUAUGACACAGCGCCUGGCCACCGACCCACACUCGCCUGAACGAUGGCGUAUCAACGGAGUUGCUAGCAACUCACGGGACUUUGCGAAAGUCUUUUCGUGUCCUGCUGGGUCGCCUAUGAAUCCCAAGACCAAGUGUCCGCUUUGGUAA